CUCCCCUUCUUUGGUGUUGCUUCAGUUACCUCAUCUCUCUCUCUCUUUCUCUCGAUUUCUGAUCUUUCUCUUACACUUCGAACAAUCAAUUCGAUGAAGCUUUCUUGAUUUGUUCCUCCGUUAAGGUGUAAGCAUUCUAAAUGCAGCAUCAAUGGGUGGGCUGUAUUGUUCUGCUGCAUUUUCAUGACAGUUCUUGAACUAUUUGCAAAAUCAUUUCUCAAUGGGAGGAGCUUGUUCGAGGAAGAGAGACCAACAGGUCAAUGAAGACAGUGUGCAAAGAGGGGUCCCUGGAAUAUAUUCCAAAAGUGGCAGUUCAAAAUGGAUGGGGACCUUGUUUCCUCGGUCUAGUGUAGAUAUUCAGCAGGGAAGAGGCAAAUGCCCAUCUCUUAUAGAACUAUGCAUUCAUAGAAUAUGUGAGGAUAUUGAUAAUUAUAGCACUUUCUCCAUACUACCAAGGGAUUUAAGUCAGCUGAUUUUUAAUGAAUUGGUGUAUUCCAAUCGUUUGACUGAUGUUUCUCUUGAAGCUUUUAGAGAUUGUGCUCUCCAGGAUAUUUCUUUGGGAGAAUACCCUGAAGCAAAAGAAUGUUGGAUGGAUGUAAUUUCUUCCCAGGGUUCAUCUUUGUUAUCAGUAGAUCUUUCUGGUUCUGAUGUAACAGAUUCUGGGUUGGCCCUUCUCAAAGAUUGUACAAACCUCCAAGCCUUGACUUUCAAUUAUUGUGACCAGAUUUCAGACCAUGGACUAGAACACAUUAGUGGUAUUUUCUUCUCUAUUUCAUUUUGUAUGUGGGGAUUUAUUCCAGUCCUACAAAAUCCUGCAUCGUAUUACUGUCGCGUUUCUGACUAUAGAAAGCUUUUUCUUAUAUGCCAACAAUCCAUGUUAAUAUUUAUAACUGAUUUUUUUUGAAUGAUUUUAUUUCUG